AUGGGUUUCUUCAGCCACGACUCCGAGCAAGCUCAGGCUUACGACCAGGUCGUCAACGCCCCGCACAAGGCGGCCCUCUCCCAUGAGCUGAUCGCUGCCGCCGCUUCCUACGAGGCCGCGAAGGCAUAUGAGAAGCACGUCGCUGAGAACGGUCAGCCCCCCUCGCAUGCCAAAGCCAAGGAGCUCUUUGCUGGAUUUGCGGGCGCGUUCCUCGACCGCCUGGUCGAAACCAAGGGUAUGGAUUACGUCGGUGCCCACCGGGACAAGAUCCAGAACCAGGGUGAGUCUGGAUAUUGCUGGUGA